AUGCCGCUGGGCUUGGGCAGCCUCACGCGCGCAGUUUGCAACAGGGCACGACGCGGGCUGUAUGCCGGCAGGAGGGUGCUGUCAGGCAACCAGAUUAGCGAAGACGGCGGCAACAAGACGCGGCGCACCUGGAAGCCCAACUCUCACAACAAGCGCCUGUACAGCCACAUCCUGGCGCGCAUGGUGCCCCUGCGCGUCACCGCCGCGGCGCUGAGGGACAUAGACAAGGUGGGCGGCAUCGAUGCCUACAUCUUGAACACACCCGACAAGCAGCUGCAGUCUGAUGUGGCGGUCGACCUGCGGCAGAGGAUGCUGCGGCGGCUGCUGGCCAGCGGCCGGCAGCAGCAGGCGGCCCAGAAGCAGCAGCAGCAGAAGCAGCAGCAGCACCUGCCGCCCGCGGCGGCGGCAGCGGCGGCGGCGGCUGAGCAGGAAGCCUUGUAG